UGCGUAAAUUAUUUGUACCAUUUUGGUCCACCUACUUUCAAAUGGUUGCAGAGGUAGCUUUGGAAGGUUCUUUAAUGGCGUCUCUCUUCGAAUUGCUUCAAAAAAACCCUAAUUGUUCAUCGGAGUUUUGACCUGCAAAAAAAUAUUGUCUUAGUUUCUUCAACGGAACUCAGAGGGGUCUAUAAUGGACAUAAGUUUGGAGCAGACUUUGCAGGAUGGCAAGCUCCUCCGCCAAGUCAAUGCAUUUAUUGUUUCACACUUGAGGGACAACAACUUGAACCAGGCUGCAAUAGCUGUGGCUUCUGCAACUAUGACACCACUGAACGUUGAGGUCCCCUCGAACAAGCUUGUUGAUCUCGUCUCCAAGGGUCUUGCAGUUGAGAGAGAAGAGGCAUUGAGGGGGGUUUCUCCUACUUCUACUGUCGAUCCCACUGGAGGAGGGACUGUGAUUUCUGCAGGAUAUGGUUUGGUCCCAACUCUUCCAACACAUUCUCUUGACUUCAGUGCUGUGCAGGACUCUAAAGGUUCAUCUAAGAGCUUUCCAAAGCAUGAAACUAGACAUAUCUCUGAACAUAAGAAUGCUGCUAGAUGUGCUAGAUUUAGCCCUGAUGGGCGAUUUGUUGCAACCGGAAGUGCAGAUACAUCCAUCAAACUCUUUGAGAUUUCGAAGGUCAAGCAAAUGAUGAUGCCAGACUCAAAUGCAAGGGAUGGCCCUGUUCGACCUGUUAUUCGAACAUUUUAUGAUCAUUUGCAACCUGUCAAUGACUUGGAUUUCCAUCCUCAGGCCACCGUAUUGAUUUCAGGGGCAAAGGAUCAUACUAUUAAGUUUUUUGAUUUUUCAAAAACUGCUGUGAAGCGAGCAUACAGGGUUAUCCAGGAUACUCAUAAUGUGCGGUCAGUUUCCUUUCAUCCUUCUGGGCUCUUUCUUUUGGCAGGCACUGAUCAUCAUAUUGCGCACUUGUAUGACAUCAAUACUUUCCAAUGUUAUUUAUCAGCUAAAGUCCAAGACAUAAAUAUCAAUGGCGCUAUUAAUCAGGUUCGGUAUUCAUCUAAUGGUGGAAUGUAUGUGACAGCCUCCAAAGAUGGUUCUGUCCGAGUAUGGGAUGGUGGAAGUGCCCAAUGCGUACGAUCGAUCAUUGGGGCACAUGGUUCAGUAGAGGCCACUAGUGCAAAUUUCACCAAGGACCAAAGGUAUGUUCUUUCUUGUGGAAAAGAUUCUACAGUUAAGCUGUGGGAAGUUGGGAGUGGUAGACUAGUCAAGCAGUACAUCGGAGCUAUCCAUACACAAUUGCGUUGUCAGGCUGUCUUCAAUGAAACAGAAGAAUUUGUGCUAUCUGUCGAUGAACCAAACAACGAAGUAGUCAUCUGGGAUGCUCUAACUGAUGACAAGGUUGCUAGGUGGCCAUCGAAUCACAUCGGACCCCCUCGCUGGCUCGAACACUCCCCAACUGAGGCUGCUUUUGUGUCAUGUGGGAAUGACAGAUCUGUUCGAUUUUGGAAGGAGAUUCUAUAACUCAAACUAAAUUGAUCUGAAGUUAACAUAAAAGUGAUGAAUGGAUGGCCAGGUCUCUCUGCUGAGCAGUGUUCUUUAUUCCAGGCUGUCGUCGUUUUCUUUUUUAAGCUAAAAUCUCUCUCUCUCUCUCUCUCUCUCUCUCUCACAUAAAUAGCCUGAAACCUAUUUUCUUUUUCCUAAGUAACCUAAACCCUGCAUUUGUUCUGUAAGAAAAAGCAAAAUUUCUACAUAGAGUUUUAGAUCCAUUUUUUGGUAAUGUUGUUGGAUGGAUGAUAAUGCUAUGGGAAAAGAGAAAAAGCGAUGUUUCA